AUGGAGCAGAGACCCCCCAGCGUGCCCAAGCUGGCCUGGCUGGAGGAGGAAGAGGCUGGAGCUACCUCAGCACAGCAGCCUGAAGAACUGGAGCAGUUCCAGCUGCUGCAGGAGCAUGCAGCCAAGGACGGGACACAAGAACAGGAAGCCGCCCGUGGCCGCUUGGGCAGAACGGCGCAGACCCUCUGUGAAUUCAUCACGUGCCCUUGGCAGGAAGAGACCGACGGUGUGGGCACGGGCGUCUUGGCCAAGCUUCCGUUCCUCGAUGCCGAGACCGGUGCUGCCAUGCUGGAUUUGCUUGUGGAGAAGGGUGUCUCCAAUCCAACACAAGUGCCCGCCAUGGUGAGGUACAUCCACCAGUGGCUCACGGCCAAUGAGUCUGCUGGGCACAGGCUGGACAAGGCCCUUCUGGAGCUGACCCAGGAACACCCCUGUGACGUGCUGAUCACCCUCUUGCGCUGGGCCCCAUCGUGUGACAGAGCUGCCGCCACCAUGUGGGGAACCAUCAUGUCCUCGAGCAGGACUGCGGAGCCGGCGCUGCAGCUGCUCCUCCAUGUGCUCAGCGCCUGGCCAAUGCACAGCGUGUACACCUCUGAUGGGGACGACGCAGGAGUCUUUGCCCUGGCUGCAACCGUGGCACUGUGGAAAAUCUUCAAUCUGGCCUGGCGCUCGCCUGUCGUGCUGGAGUAUUUCCCCAGUCUCUUUCUGCAUCUGCUCUUCCAAGCUUACAUCAGCACGCAGGAGAUGCCAGAAGAGGUUGAGACCUUCUGGCAGGGAUGCCAGGAGCAACACGGCCUCUCCGCCAACCCCAACAGCUUUGCGCUGCAGACCCUGAAGGCCCUGCUCUGCCAAAUGCGCUAUGAGCACGUGGUGCUGUCCAUGGAGCGCAAACGUGCCUGGGACACGCUGCUCCGUGCCGACACCCACCACUGUGCAGUGGGUCUGCUGGCCAGGGAGAUGCGCCGUGUCUCCAUCAUCUGGUGCUGCAGCAUGGCAUCCGGCCUCUUUGAGCUGCUCAGCCAAGGCGUUUCAGACUGGGAACUGCCCGCCCUGGCCUUCCUGGUGGAGCUCCUGGAUUGCCUGGACUUGAGCCAAUGCGCUGAACAAGUCCUGGAGAUCCUGACAAGGCACCUGCAGAGCCAGUCCAGGCAGAUGCGUCGCGUGGCGCUCCGAGGCCUCGUGGUGCUGACCUCGAUGGAUCCAAGCAUGUACAGCCUUACUGAAAACCUUGUGAAGCUACUGUGGGAUAGGGAUGAAGACAUCGUGGAGAAGACCCUCAUUGUGCUCAGCCUCCUGAUGCUGCAGGAAGACCUGGCAAUAGCCAGCCCCAUCGCCCUGCAGCUGGCUGAGGCGCUCUGGCACCUCUUUGACAAUGACAACAGCCUUGUGCAGCUGCUCUCCAUUCGCCUCUUCCAAGACGUGAUCGCCUUGGUAGUGGCAGAGGGAGAAAAGCCCCUGAAGAAGCCUGUGAGCCAGAGCCUGCUCCCACUCUUCUUCCACUGCCACGAUGAGAACCCGUGUGUGGCACAGGCCUCUCGGGAAACGCUGCUUUCUGCAGUGAGCUUCCUGAAGAGGAAGGAUCUCAAGCAGCUGCUGCAGACGGAUCAAAUGUGGAGAUUUGCUGAGUGCUUGCUGGCAGAGGACAGGAGCCGAGCGGCCGAGCACCUGCGCCUGGCCCUGCCCUACCUGCGGAGCGCACAGGAGCCCCUGCGAGAGGCGGCCGUCAGGUUCAUGGGUGAGCGCCAAGCCCGGCUCCCUCCCCGGCCCGCCCCAUUGCCGCAGCUCGGCCCCGGCCCCGCCUGCUGUGCCGGCAGCAGGAUCCGGGCGCGGGCAUGGGCAGCCCCCGCUGGCCUGGGCAUUGCUGCUGCCGCCCUCUGGCAGCCGUGCCCUGGGGCGGCAGCGUGCGCCAGGGGCCCGGGCUGA